CGCGUCCCUCGCAAUGGUCUUCGCGGUCUUGGCCGCCAUCUUUGACAUAACGGGGUGAGGUUGGUUUUGUACGUGGUCCGUGUGAAAAGCAAAGAAUUUAUUACGUACAAAUGAAGAUGGUAGACAAAAUCGAAAUGAGUCUCGACGAUAUCAUCAAGCAGAACAAAGGUGGAAGAACCCGGGGCGGCGGAAGACGUGGACGUGGAACAGCUUCGCCGAGACGUGGUAUCCGGGGUGCUUCACGAGCCGGCGGUGGAGUGAUGCGCGGCCGAAGCCGAGGAGGAAUUGGCCGAUCAGCAGUUCCAUACACCCGAGGAGAUGUAAACAGUGCAUGGAAACAUGACAUGUUUGAUGGAGUCAAGAAAGUUGGACGAGGUGCAAUCGGUGGUACGGGCACUACCAAACUACUCGUUUCAAAUCUUGAUUUUGGAGUAUCCGAUUCCGAUAUUCAGGAAUUAUUCAGUGAGUUUGGCCCACUGAAAUCAGCUGCCGUACACUAUGACAGAUCUGGCCGAUCGCUUGGCUCAGCAGACGUUAUAUUCGAAAGGAGAGCUGAUGCCAUCAAAGCAAUGAAACAAUACAAUGGCGUACCUCUUGAUGGUCGAGAGAUGAAUAUCCAAGUUGCUACCUCAGAACUUCCAGUCACCUCGUCCAUCCGAGGAAGUAGACUCAGUAGUGGCAGCUUUGCGCAACGGGCACAGCCACGCUUCCGAGGGGCUCGCGGAGCUAGUUCCAACCGAGGUCGUGGAACUGGCGGUCGACGUGGUGGAACUAGAGGAGGUGGACGGACACCAGCCAAGACCCCAACUGCAGAAGAAUUGGAUGCAGAGCUAGAAGCAUACGUUAAGGAAGUGAAGUAACAUAAGAUAGUAUAAAAUUCUACUCCAUAUAUCUUCUUUCUCAUUUAACCGUUCGCUUAUUAAUUGAAGAACGAAACAGUGUCUCUUAUUUCCCAAUAGGUUAAUAAUCAUGAAAUUAUAACGUGAGAGUAAAGAAAAAGUUUUUUUUUUUGAUUGUCUCGGAAUGGGUAUUUUUUAAUUAUGUUUGACGUUCUACUACUCAUAGAGUUUAGAUACCUAAUAACAACUCAAAUGCAACAAGAAUAUGCUGCAGAAUAAAAUCUUGCCAUGAUUUUCGGCAUCCGAGGUAAAAAAAAAUUGAAUUGGACAUGGGAAAGAAUAAAAAGUUGUGACAUAAUAUAAAGGCUGUAUGAAUUUUGUAUGUAAUACCGUGCGUGUGUGAUCAUAAACUGAAAAAUACACUCAAAUUCACCUUCAAAAGUUGUUAUUUAUCAAAGUACGCAAUGUGCUUAUAGCCCUUAAUAAAUAUAAGUUGAAGGCAACACUGUAAAAAUAACGUUACCAUUAUGUAAGUGGCGUUCAUAUUAUCAUCAUCCUCUUUAAUAAUAAACAAAUUACGAAGGUUUUAUUAAGUGUGCUACAUUUAGUUGUUGGUAAUUGUUAGAGCAACGUCAUAACAGUAUCGAUAACGAUAUUAUACAAUACACACAACAUUAUAACGUUUAGAAUGCUUGUAAUGAUUUGUAAAUGUAUCCAAGAAGAUGAUGAAUUUUUUUCACCAUAGUGAACUAUUGUCGUUACUAAAUAAUGACACAUGCAAGGUUGAGAAGAAAUAAACAUGAAAAAAACCACCGUAAAUAAUUGAGCUGCGGUGCGUUAAGGCUGUGAACAUAUAAUUCAGUCAGGUCAUCAGUAACUAGUUUUUUCCACAAUAAUGGCCUGAUAUUAUUGGGUGUCGAUGUGUAUCUCCAAUACACUCCUUUGACUCUCAUACUACAAGACUGAUCAACGAAAUACUCUAAAGUCUAUUUAAAUAAAUA